AUGGCUGUUUCCCCGCCUUUUCCAUCAUCAUCAUCAUCCUCGUCGUCGUCGUCGUCGUCGUCGUGGUCGGAUAUGUCCAUGUCGAUGUCCAACGCGCAAUAUAUAGUCUCACCCACCGCCGACGCUAAUCAGAGCAAUAUCGACCAUAUAACAAGUCUCGAGCGCUCUCUGUGCUCGAAUUUCUACUGCUGCGGCGCCCGCCUCGCCGACCUCCACGCGCUGAUCGACCACUUCGAGGAGGACCACAUCAUGCUUCUCGCGCCGAACGGCAAGCGCGUGUACCCGCGCGAGGGACUAAAGGGUGUGCCGCUGAUCCAGACGUCGGUACCGUUACCGUUUGCGUUGGCGUUCGCGGACGCGGGCGCGGGCGCGGGUACAGGCACAGGCACAGGCACCCCGGGAUCCUCGCGCGCGCCGUCGGAGUCGCCUUCGUCUUCGUCUUUGUCCUCGCCGUCUUCGUCCUCCUCCUCGUCGUCCUCGUUUUCGUCCUCGGCGCCGUCGACGCCCUCGGAUUUCUCGUCGCCGACCUCCGGCCCAUUCAGUGCCAACCGCAAAUCGUCGUCUCUCGCAUCGAGCGCUGCGGGUCGUGUCCCGCCGGUAUACACGCCCUUCACACCGAGUCUGCCCGUUGACCCCGCGGACCCCUACCCCUACCCCUAUCCCUAUCCCUACCCGCACGCGGACGCGGACGCGGAGGAGAUUAGUGCGUUGAAUGCGUACGAUUUUGAUUUUGAGGGCGGUGUUGGUGUUGGUGUUGGUGUUGGUGUGGAGGCGUAUCACUCGUUGAUGGCCCCAUCCGCGCUUGCGCUCGCGCACCUGCAUUCGCACGGCGCGGCGGAGAUGAUGCUUAUGUCGCCCCUUACGCUCGCGAGCUCAGAUGACGAGGAGGACUUGGACCUGGAUCUGGAUAUGUCGGAUUGUAGCAAUGCCGAGGCGCUACUAGCGAAUCAGAGUGUGGAUGUACCGACGAAUGUAUGCGCGCAAAAUGUGCCCGGCGCUGGGCCAUCGAAAAAGAACGUCAAGUUCUCUGUCUCCCCUUCCUCAUCUUCCUCCUUCUCCUCCUCUUCCUCCUCUUCCUCCCCCUCUUCUACAACUUCGUUUUCUACGACUACGACUACGACUACGACUACGACUACGACUACUACACCCCCUCGAGGACGCCCCACCUCAAAUUCAAAAACACCACUGGAAAUUCUAAAAUCGUCAUCGUCAUCUCCGACGGCAGCGAAAUUGAAAUCUAAAAAAAUGGCGAUAAUCGGCACGAGCGCGAGCGCGUCGUCGUCGGCGGGGGCGGGGGCGGGGGCGGGGGCGGUGAAGAGGAGGGAAAAGCUGUUCCGGUGUCCGUCCUAUCUGAACCCUAACGGGUUGAAAUAUCAUAUGGAGAAAGGGACGUGCUGUCUUGAAGGUGAUGCCCAGAGCCAGAGCCAUACCGAGCGCGAGCGCGCAGCGAGUAAUGCGGACGUCGAGAUGGAGAUUUUACCUGAUGUGCUUGUGCACGCGCACGCGCAUGCGCAUCCGCAGAUGCAAGGGCCCGCCGCGCACGUCCAGACCUAUCCUAAUUCUGGUUCUCCCUCCAGCGCCGAGCCGGCGCCUCAGCAGCCUUACCCACAGCUUCCGCAACAGCAACAGCAACAGGUACCGCAACAGCAACAGCAGCACCAACAGCAGCAGCAGCAUGCACUAGUAUACCACUACCCCGUCCCGUCAUAUCCGCAGCUCGGCGGGCCCAACGCGCUCCUUGCGGGGUAUACGACGACGUAUGUGCAUCGUCCGCCGUAUUUCUCGCCGGUGGGUGUUAUGAGUGCUACAAGCGCCAAUGCCUCGAACGCCAACGCCGCCGCUACCGCCAACGCUACAGCUGCCGAUAGUAGCAAUAGCAAUGGUAACAGCUCUGCGGGGUCUGACGCACCUCUGCCUCUAUUACAGCCGCAUCCGCAUCCGCCUGCACAUGCGCCUGCGCUUAGUGCGUCGACGAGCGCGGCUUCGGCUUGA